AUGGCCUCAUCAACAUCUGCUGCAACUGAGACAUUUUACUGCAAUAAAGAUUAAAUAGCUGUGUUGAAUGGCCAUUCUCUGAAGGUUCAAGGCUCCUGCAUUUCUGGAUUCAGAAGGAUAAUUGGAAUUGAAGGAAUCUGGCCCUCACAAUGGAUCCAACAUCAAAUGCAGCCAUAGAAAACCUUGAUUUUCUAGUAGAAGGAGAUCAGCCUGAAAUUUCUCCUGUGCAUACUGGAGAUGUCCAAGAGGAUACUGCUGCAAGGGAGAAUGAUCACAUUGAUGCUGGAAGGAAGCCAAUAAGAGAGCCAAUUGUGCAAAUAACAGAUUGGGAUCUACAGACUUUAUUGAGCCCAGAUGAGGAACCGUUAAAGCGCUCAAGGUAUCGGAUAGGUGGCUCUGCCGAUAAUAUAUUAUCUUUAACUUCUUACCAAUCCCUCCUGCCUCUUGAAUGGAAGGUUUUGAGAUCUAGUCAGUCACAGGGCACACUGGCAAAUCUUUCAGGUGACAUUCAAGAAAGCACAGAUGGAGGGCAUAAGCCAACAUCGAGAAAUAAGCAAGAUGUAGUAGAUGAUAUAAUUGGAGAUGAAGUCGCUUUCAAAGUAUGUACUAAUGUGCUUAACUGUAACCCAGGUACUGCUUGCACAAUAGACUCCAAAACAGCUUUUCCUAUAGUAACUGCUGGAUCACCUAGGCCCAGAGAUGCAAACUACCCAAAGCAAUCUUCAAAUGGAUUGGUCCCAGGAACAGAGAUGCUUCCAGGAGUUGAAAUUCAAUUCAAUCAAGUACAUAGUUCAGCCAUCGAUCAACAAGAUCCAGGUUUGAUUGACCAGCUUUGGACAGCUGCUGCUUCACCAAACAGCUUAUACAAUACCUCCGCAUCAGCAGGCUGGGAAAGCAAUUCUAAUAAUCACGAGUCAAGAAAGACAGGGGAGUCGCCGGUGGUGUCAAAGUUGCUGCUAAAUUCUCCAACUGAGAACAAACAGGAAUUUAAUCAGUCCAGGAAGAAAAUGCAGCCUGAAGGCCAACUUUUCUUACAGGGACAGAGUCUGAAUCUUGCUGAUGUUGGAAAGCUUUAUAGGAAGGUAAAGAAAUUGCAUUUUUAA